AUGACCGCAGCCGCGCUGGUGUCGUUCGCCGCCACCGAGCGCGUGCAUGCCCAUCUGCCGGUCGUCGCGGCCUUGGACGACAAGCACGCGCAGCUCAUGACGCUGCUCGCAGCGCACCUGCCGGUGCCCGACUGCCCGGCGGCGCUGCAUCCGCUGACGCUCGGCGACUUGGUCUUGUCCAUCGAAGCUGCGCAGCUCCACACACCAUUAAGCAUCGUCCUCGCUCUCUUGCACAUUGACGACAGCUACCACUUGUGCCACGCCAUGCAUACGUGGCACGAUGCGGGUGCGACCCUGCAUGACGCUGCCGCUCGGCUACAGACGCUCUACGUGCUUGUGGAUGCAACCAUGCGAUCGCUGCGGACAGUAGACCACGAGCCGGCCGCCAUUGCCGCGCUGCAAACCGCCAUCGCGUCAUCCUCUUGCGCGUGCCUGCGCGCUCAUGUGGAGCCAUCAUGCGCCGUCGAGACGUCGCGUGGCCAACUUCCGCACGCGACGCCGCUCCAGGACGUGCUCGAUCUCGUCGUUCGGCUCGCCACGUCGUACACAAGUCUUUGCCAAGCAGCGACGCCCAAGCAAUGCCCUUCGAUCGUGCCCGAGUUGCCGCCUCUCGAGACGAUUGCAUCUGUCCACGACGCGAUCGCAACCUCGGACACGGACGAGCUGCAAGGAAACGAGAUACUCGACGAGUGGUGGCCGCGCGCAACAUCGACGACAGCAGCGCAAGACGCGAUGCAAACAUUUGCACGGCUCCUCGCACUCGGCAGUGCGCAGUGGAGCACGAGCAAUGUCACUUGGCUGCAGGCGUAUCUCGACGGGCUCACCGACCUCGAUCGCCUCUCGAUUGCGGUCGAGUGCAUUCGCCGCCAGCCGCCGUAUGCCACACCCGAUGUGUCGGCCUCGGUCGCCAAGGCCUUCAACACACUCACGACCGACCACAUGGAAAAGAGCCUCGUCAUGCUCCUACGCUGCCUCGUGUGGGCCCCGGAGACGGUCUUGCACCAGCUGCUCCAUACCGGCGUCACGUGUCCCGAGCACGUGCCUGUAUUUCUCCGCCUCUUUGAGCUCGCACCGUCCUUGGCACAGUCGCCGCAGCUGCUGCCGUCUCUUGGCGAUCUUGUUCUGGCGCUAACGACCGAGACGGUAGCGUCCACCGCGCACUUGUUUGCGGAGCUCACAUCUGUCGGCAUCGCGCCCAUGCUCGAUGUCGUCGGCACCUGCAUUUUGCCGCAUCUGCGUGGCGUCAACGACCUUGGCUGGGACCUUCUCAGCGCACUCUCGCCCUGGCCGUGUCUGUCGGAAGCGGCGAUGGGCGUGGACCUCCUCGACCGCACGUGUGCGAUAUUGUCAACGGCGUGGACGUCAACAAGAGAUGCCGAUGCGGCCGCGCGCCUUCUUCCGAUCGCCCGCGCCCUCGCCGCCGUCGUCGCGCAUCCGACGAUGCGCCGGCUCGAGGCGUACGUGACGGCCAAGGACAUUCGUUUCGUACUGUUGUUGCUACCGCUGUUUCCCUCGACGCCACUCCCACUGCCGACGGCGCCGUGCGAGUCGGUUGAUGGUGUGUAUACGCUGUCGAAAGACGACGUGUGCAACGUUAUCCGGGGUGCAUUGUUGGACUGUGCAUCGGCGGUCGCAUUUCUGCCGUCACUGGCCGCUGCGCUACAUCAAGGUCGCUUGGCCGUGGCCGGCGUCCCGGCCUGUCGACCCGUGUCGAUGCUAGCGCUUCUCUCGACGUGGAUUUUGGCGUCCCUUGCGGCAGGCGACGACAGCACUCGCUUUGUCUUUGAGUUCCUGCCGCAGCUCCUGCCGCCCGACAGUAACACGCCGCUCGAUGCGACACUGUGCGUGGCCCGGGGCAUGCUUCUUCGAGCGCUGGCCACCAAGAGCAGCUGGGACCGAACGUCGUUGAGCCAUGUGCUGCACUGCAUCGAGUACUGCAUUCUCCAGGAUCCGUCGUCGGUGUCCACGCACGAGGGACUGCUACCGCUCGUGUUGUGGCUUCUUCGCGAACAAAACGACGACGACGACGAUGUGCUGCUCAUGGUGCUGCGCAAGAUGACGCGCGCGUGGCACGAGUAUCUAUCACCCGACGCGCUCGGCGAGCUACACACGCUCGCCCUCGAGCUGUUGAGCAAGAAUAUAGCGCCGACAAAGACCGUCUUUCGCCAUGUGCACGGUCUGCUCACGACCUCUCGUCGGGACGCCAGCAUGGACAGCGUCGACUGGAAGGCGCUCGGACUCACGAUGGAGCAGGCGGGUGCGCUCGUAGCGGCCUUCAACAAGUACGACAAGAUGAAGACGGGCGCGAUCGCGGUCGACGCCCUCGAUGCGCUCAGCGUCGACCUCGGCGAGACGUUCGACGAAGAAGAGAUGCGCGUCGCCAAGCAGAGCCUCCAGGAUGGCGACGUCAUUCGCCUCGAGGCUUUUCUAAAGUGGUGGGCCCACGACCCGAAGCUCACAUAGUCCUUUUGGGAAGAAUCGAGUACUCGUGCAAAACCUUUGUUACUGAGCAAGUCGAGAGCAAGAC